CCUCCGUGCGCCCCUCGCCCCGCGCGCCCGCCCGCCGGUCGGAAGGCAGGAAGGCAGGCAGGGAUUCUUCUUCGCAGCGGCUCCUGCGCGGGACUCAGGAACCCGCAAAAUUUUCUCCAGCUCAGGAACUUUCCAGGGCUGCAACUCCCGGCACCUGGGAUGCGGCGCCUGGUGGCUGGGAAUUCUGGGCGUUGGAGUCUGGCGGCGGAGGGGCUUCCCGGGACCUCCCGCCCUUCUCGGGGGUUGAAGGAAAAGGGCCUCGGAAUAUUCCCCUCCCUCCCUGAGCAGCCCACGAGGGUUUUGGCGCCUGGUUGCUGGAGUUUCUCCCUCCUUUCCUUGGAUCCAGUUCUGGAUCAGAACUCAGCAUGGAGCAAUCCUCAAGGAAGAUGUUUACAGGGAUUCCUGCUUCCAUUUUGACUUGUGGUUUUAUUUCACCCUGCAAAACUGGGUCCUGGACUUCGGCCGGCCUAUCGCCAUGAUCGUGCUUCCACUGGAAUGGUUUCCCCUGAAUAGGCCCAGCGUUGGGGAUUAUUUUCACAUGGCCUAUAAUGUCAUCACACCCUUUAUUCUCCUGAAGCUGAUGGAGCGCUCCCCCAAGGCCCUUCCCCGCUCCAUGGUGUAUCUCUGCAUCAUCAUAUUCGUCAUGGGGGCCAGCAUCCACCUGGUGGGGGACUCUGUCAAUCACCGACUGAUCUUCAGUGGCUACCAGCUCCACCUGUCAGUCCGAGAGAAUCCAAUCAUCAAAAAUCUCAAGCCGGAGACUCUGAUCGAUUCCUUUGAACUGCUGUACUAUUACGAUGAGCACCUGGGCCAUUCAAUGUGGUACAUCCCCUUCUUCCUCAUUCUGUGCAUAUAUUUUUCUGGCUGUUUCAUACCCUGCAAAGAACAGCAGCCAAGAAUCCCUGUGGCUGCUUUACUGCUCAUUGGGCCCAGCAGCCUCUAUUACUGGUACCUGGUGACGGAGGGCCAGAUCUUCACCCUCUUCAUCUUCACCACCUUCGCCCUGGUGGCGCUGGUGAUGCACCAGAAGCGGAAGGGCCUCGUCAUGGACAGCAACGGCCGCUUCCUCUUUUACUCCUUUGUCCUCACGCUGGGGCUGGUGGCCCUCUGGAUCGGCUGGCUCUGGAAUGAUCAGGUCCUCCGGAAGAAAUAUCCCGGCAUCAUCUACGUUCCUGAACCCUGGGCCUUUUACACCUUGCACUUGAGGAAUCUGCCGUCCGCGAAGGCCGAGAGCUCUUGAUGCGCUGGCUGCCUUUAGUUUGGGGCACGGGGUAGGUCCUUCGGGCAAGCCAGCAGAGUUUGGGUGGUGCCCAAGGAAGGCCUGGCUUGCCCAAGGAAGGCCGCCUCCCAAAUCAAUGUUCAUGGGGAUCCCUAGGCUAGAACAAGGCGAUGUGGUUAUGGGAAGAAUACUCGGAACUCGAAUGAGAAUCUACCCAAUCCACUGAUCUGACAUUCCUUUUGCACCAGGGUUUGUAUUUUUCCAUGGUUUAAGUCCUCUGUGAUUGAAAAGAUGUAGCAUUUACAGAUUAAGAGUUGGAAGAGACCUUGUAGGUCAUCUAGUCCAGGGGUCUGCAAACUUGGCUCUUUUAAGACUUUUGGACUUCAACUCCCAGAGUUCCUUAGCCAGCUCUGCUCCCAGAGUUGAAGUCCACAAGUCUUAAAAGAGCCAAGUUUGCAGACCCCUGAUCUAGUCCAACCUACCCACCCACCCUGCCCAAGCAGGAGCCCCUACACCAUUUCUGACAGAUGGCAGUCCAAUCUCUUCUUGAAAGUCUCAAGUGAUGAAGCUCCCACAUGCCUGGUCUGUGCAGAGUUUGUCAGAAUGUUGAAUGGAGAAGAGGGUCCAGGAGGAUCCAAAUUUUGCAUUUUCCUUUCUAUGUUGGGUGGAAAUCUAUGCAGAGACGAAGAACUGCUUGCUUCAAGCAGCUCAGUCUUGCUAAGUCUCUGCAUUGAGUUCCUAACCAGUUCUUUGAGAGCUAGCUUGAUGGUUUACUCCUCAGAUUCAUGGUGCAAGUGGAUGAGUUUUGAAAUGAGAAAAAAGACUUCCAGCCUCCCGGGUUCUGCACCCACUAACAUGGACAAGUGGCAGAUACAGCUGGAAAAGGGAGAGAUUCGGUCAGGGGUGCAAAACGCAUUGCAUUGGGUGCUGCAAACAUGAGAUUAGGAGAAGCAAACCUGCAAGAAGCGGAAAACAAAGAGGCUGCAAAGGGAGAUCAAGGAGCAGCUGCCAUGUGGAAAGAGGCUGCCUGGCCCUGUAGUCCUCAAUUUGCAACAGUUCAUUUAGUGACCGUUCAAAGUUACAACAGCACUAAAAAAAGGGACAUGACCAUUUUUCACAACAAUUGCAGCAUCCCCCUGGUCACGUGAUCAAAAUUCAGAUGGCAACUGACUCAUAUUUAUGACAAUUGCAGUGUCCAGAAGUCACGUUAUCCCCUUUUGCGACCUGCUGGCAAACAAAGUCAAUGGGGAAGCCAGUUACGUUCAACAACUGUUGCUAACUUAACAAUUGCAGUGAUUCCCUUAACCUUAACAACUGUGGCAAGAAAGAUGGUAAAACAGGACAAAAUUCACAAAAAAACAAACACAAAUUUUGGACUCAACUGUGGCCGUAAGUCAAGGACCAGCCAUAGAUAGCUUAUUGUCCCCCAUAGGGAAGUUCCUGGCUUUGAUGAUGACACCCUAUUAGCAAAUUAUCUCUUCCCAGCAGAGAAUAAGAACUGCGGUCCUAAAGUAGCCCAGCCUUCUAUAAAUUAGAUGAUUUUCCACUGAUGAAGCCCGCCAACCUCUUGGCCAGUUGUAUUAUCAAUAACUCAGAGCAUCUUUUAAAACCUUAAGCAAAGGGAAUGGCGGUAGAAGGAUCCACUGACGGGUAGACAGACCAUCUUCUGCUCCUUUUCUCGUGGAAAAAGAGGCCCUGCUCAGAACUAAACUAGGGGCAGUGCCCUUUGUCUAUUUAGCCAGCAGUCUGGAUGUUUUCUGAAGUUUAGGGGUAUCACACAGAAAUACACCAAAACUAAACUUCAGAAGAAUUUCUGGACUUCUGGCAUCUAGUGAGAGAUCACUUGGCCAAGAGGGUGAGGAUGUGAGAGGCGAACAAAGGAUGAAGAAGAGAGCUUGUGCAAACUACUAACAACGUCCAUUUCUAUGAAGACUUUCCAGGAUGUAGUAGCAGCUACUAUAUAUGCGGAUGCUACCUCCGGAAUGUCGUCGUGGCGGCUAUAAAGAUAAGAGGCAAACUUGAUUAUGGGUACAAUUUAAUGGAAUGGAUUUCACAAGCGGAAGGUCAAAACAGAUUUAUUGGCCUUCAAUAUGAUGCAGGGCUGCAGUCUGGGGGAGAGAAAUAUAUGACAGGAGGUGUAGUUUUUCCUUGACUGCAUCUUUAGAACAAGCCACCCAGCCCAGCCCCUGCUGCUCCUGCAGCCCCCAAACAAUAAGGAGAAGGGAAGAUCACUUUUAGAAAUAAUUUUUAAAAAGUUUUCUCAUAUUACUGAGAAUUGGGACAGAAAAGUAUUUUUUGUGGGAGAGAGGACUGAUCCGAUUCAAAUUAGCAGGUCCCUGAUCUUUCUAUAGCAUUUGAAAGCCAAGUGAAUCUAUGGCCAGACCUCUGGGAGGCAACAACUUCAAGAGAGAAAAAAAACCCCAACUUUUUUAGAAUUCCUUCCUGUUGGGAUUCUGGGCUGCCCUUUGGUCUGCUCCAGCCUUCUCCCCUUUGGUGCCCUCCAGAUGUUUUGAAGAUCAGUAUUCACCCUCUGAAAGGCACGCGGUGGCUAAGAUGCUGAUCUUGUCGAUCGAAAGGUCGGCAGUUCAGCGGUUUGAAUCCCUAGUGCCGCAUAACGGGGUGAGCUUCUGUUACUUGUCCCAGCUUCUGCCAACCUAGCAGUUCGAAAGCACAUAAAAAAUGCAAGUAGAAAAAUAGGGACCCCCUUUGGUGGGAAGGAAACAGCGUUCCGUGCGCCUCUGGCGUUGAGUCAUGCCGGUCACAUGACCACGGAGACGUCUUCGGUCAGCGCUGGCUCUUCGGCUUUGAAACGGAGAUGAGCACCGCCCCCUAGAGUCGGGAACGACUAGCACGUAUGUGCGAGGGGAACCUUUACCUUUACCUUAUUCACCCUCUACAGCCAGCAUGGGCAGAUGUUAGCCUAGCCCAUCUGGAGGAGGGCCCAAGUGAUGGAAGCCUAAACCGCAGCCCAUCCUGCCAGGAAGAAGACACAGGCUCUCAAACUGGACGGGGGUUGCACAGGCCACAAGAGCUGUGGUUCAAAAGCAUUUUAACACUUCAGAUGCUGCUGUGGCCAGGAAAAUCUGGGCCGUCAUGCUUUUCAUGUUUCCUGGACACCUGCUUGUCUCCUGACCUUUCCAUGGUUUCUCCUUCCCUCCCUUUGAAUACUCAGGUGGGAAACUCCACACCUAAGAAAUGUGCAGAGAUUUCCUUUAAAGCAGUGCUGCGAUUCAAGUAAUUUAACAACUGGUUCUCUGCCUUAAUGAUUUCUUCCAACAAUCAGUUUACCAGACUGCUCAGAAAGCUAAUAACUGGUUCUCCCGAAGUGGUGCGAACUGGCUGAAUCCCACCACCGCUUUAAAGUUAAAAAGGUCUUGACUGGAACACUUUUGGGGGGAUGUGCACAGGGAGGGACAAAAAAGUUUAGAGGACUCUGAGCACCCAAUCGAAGCCCCUUUCACUGGUCUACGAAUGCACUAAAUUAAAUUAAUUAAGCAAGACCCCAACCCUCAGGGCUUCUGUCACACAAUUGUACCAUCUUGGCUCUUACUCCUGUUCAGAUGCUGCUGCUGUUCUUGUAUUUUGGAAACCUAGAGCAGGUCUUUUGUAGCCCAGAAAGGCAUUCACUAUUCUAGCCAUUGGGAAGUCAAUGGUAGACAAUGGCCAUAUUGUUGCUAAGAAAAACAUGGACAUUUCUGCCCAGUCGGCAAGAAUAACUAGAGUGAGUCUCUUCCUUUUAAUAGUGAAUUGUCUCUGUUUAGUAGCACAAAGUUUCCCAGCUUGCGACGGAACAGCUUCAGCAUUCUGGAGCAGGGGUCUCCAACCGUGGCAACUUGAAGACUUGUGGAUUUCAAUUCCCAGAAUUGAAUUCUGGGAGUUGGAGUCCACAAGUCUUCAAGUUGCCACGGUUGGAGACCCCUGAUCCAAAUUUAUUGAUUACAGGACCUCUUAGGAAAUUUUUGUGCAGAAAUUGAAGAGAGAAACCUAUUUUUUUUUACUUAUGAUGUUUAGCUAGGAUAGAUUAUAGGAAGAAGAGUAUUGUGAUGCAACUUUAGAGAGAGGUUAAAACGUAACUGUAUUGAUAAAUGCUGUGAAGAAUAUCAGGUCACUGCUGUGUAUCUUUUUUCUGUCUAACGUUUUUCUUCUGUUGCAUUUUUUGCUUUCCCUUUGCUUUCUUUAUUUCCUCAUCUUUAUAUAUGUUGCAUUAGUUUAUGUUUUCAAAAGAACUCUAAUAAAAUUAUCUGAGGAAAGAAGGAAUCCUGGAGGAUGCUAAGUUCGAGAAGGCUGAGCUAGCAUAUUAUGCUCUGAGCGAGAUCUGUGAGUGGCCAUAAUAAUGCCACUCGAUGUGGGGGAGAGAAAGAGAGAUGCUGCCUAGGGAACAAUCGGGCAAGAGUUGGCAUAGCUCACAGCUCAUAAGGACAGAGAAAGAGACUCCGGAAGGAACCCUCCCUAACUUCUGUAGCUGUUAAGAAACCGGAGAGAUUUGUACUAUCAGACUUGCAAGAAUCUGUUUUAUAAUAAAAGAGUAGAAUUAACUUUU